UAUUCUUUUAGUCAGAUAACUCUUUAGUCUGAUAGUUAUAUAAUUAACAGGUGAAGUGAAUAAUUUAAAAAAAAGAAUAUCAAUUCAGAAGAUUCUUUCUAAUAAUACAUCACCGAUGAUGAAAUGUUAAAAUGUGGAAGAUAACGUUUAUGCUGGUGUUCUUGCUGACGUCAGUCCAUACAACAACAGGUGCCGAUUACUUGGACAUUACCGGAGUUAGACUUGUAGAUGGCAAUGGUACAUUUAGCGGACGUGUUGAGAUCAGAGUUGCCGGUGUUUGGGGUACAAUCUGUGAUUACGAAUUCGACAUGAACGACGCCAAAGUUAUAUGCAGAACAAUGAAUCUGACAGCAACAUCAUUCUUUACAGGAGCACAUUAUGGGCAAGGAAAAGGACCAGUAUUUGCUGAGAGGUUUCAUUGCAAUGGAAAUGAAAGUCACCUUAGAGAUUGUCGCUUCGAACCGAAUUCGUUUUGCGUUCAUUCACGAGACAUUGGGGUAAUAUGUACAGAAUGUGGAGAAAUCGACAUCAACAAUGGAAUCAUUGACUUAAUAUCAUCAAAUGGUUCGGUUCUAACAACCUCUUGUGUUACUGACUACCAGACAAACACACAAACAAGUAUAUGCCAAACUAAUGGAAUAUGGUCAAACGGUAUUACAUGUGAACUGAACAUUACUGACAUACGGCUUGUCAACGGUAUAGGUCUUACCGAUGGUUUCGUCGAGCUGAAGGUCAAUGGUACUUGGGGACAGAUUUGUCGUAACAACUUCGAUAGGAGCGAUGCAAAAGUGAUAUGCAGGAUGCUUGGAUUAAACUACUGGUUUUACGAUUCUCUCUAUUAUGGAAGCACUUCAAACAUUUAUCAUUUGGACAAACUUGAUUGUAUAGGAACGGAGGAUCACAUAAACGAAUGUUUAUACGAUGUUCGCCAGACGUGUUCGAGUAGCUAUCCAAUUUUCGUGGAGUGUAAAUAUCCACAUAAUAUAACAGAUGUUAGGCUUGUCGGUGGAACAGGUCAAUAUGACGGUCGUGUUGAAGUCAAGAUAAACAAUGGCUGGGGAACUGUUUGCGGUUAUCAAAUCGGAUCAUAUGAUGCCGACACUCUAUGUAAAUCAAUGGGUUUUAAAUUAACGCACUACUUUUCCUAUCCUUCUGUUUACGGACAAGGAACAGGAGCUAUAUAUAUCGGUUAUAUGGGAUGCUCUGCUACAAACACUCAUGUAAAUCAGUGUAAUUAUAAUUUUCCCCCAAGACGGCGCUAUUGCUCUCACAGUGAUGAUAUGUCGUUAGUGUGUACACCUUGUGGUAAACCGACAAUACAUUCCGGAUCUUUUGAUUCUUUUAAUGGUACUGUGCUGACUGCAAAGUGUGACUUUGGCUUUCAACCAGAAAAAAUAACAUUUGACUGUCUUGCGAAUGGGACUUGGCUGCAAAAUGACAAAUGUUCAUCAAAAUAUUCCUAUCCGUUAGAAAUAAGUGAUAUGAAGCUUGUAAACAGAUAUGAUCAUCAUGAAGGUCGUGUAGAGAUACAGGUUAAUGGCAUUUGGGGAACUAUAUGUAGCAACAAUUUUACUAUAGCAGAGGCGAAUGUCAUUUGUCAAAUGAUUGGUUUAGAAGCAAGUAGUAUUGACACAGAUACAGGGGGCGACGGCCCAGUUUUUAUCUCAAAUCUUCAAUGCAAUGGUAAUGAAUCACAUAUCAACAACUGUUCUUACAAUGUAGAUAAUGAUUGCUUGUACAGUGCAGAAGUCUAUUGUACAG